ACACUUCACUACUUUACUUAAGUAUAUUUUGGAGUACUUCAUACUUUCCUCGAGUAUGAAAAUUUUUGAUAACUUUCACUUUUACUUCACUAUAUUUCCGAACUUAAUUGCAUACUUUUACUCCGAUACAUUUUCAAUGUGUGGUUUAGUUACUCGUUACAAAAAACGAGAGAGAGAAACGCAAGUGUUUUGACCCCACCUACUGAUUGACUGCAACAAAGUCGGUAGCCUACUUGCCUGGGCUUGUUCAUCACCACCAAUAGGAUACACCUGUUUCGUAUCUCCCAUUAAACACAAAGCAAGUGUCGCAAUCAGCAGCAGCCACAAGGAGGAGGAGACGGAGACCACAACGACUGCAACUACGUCGGACACGGCUCCAGGGGAACCACCAGCUGGUGAUGAGAGCCCAUGGCCUUAUUUAAGCAUAAUAUUCUCUUUCGUGUGUGUUAAAGAUUCGUCGUACCGCAUGAAGUGUAUGUUAUGCCUGCCCAAAGAUGUGGAAAUUUUAUCUUACAAAAACUCCCCGUCCAACUUGAAGAAACACAUUGAGAGAAAGCAUCCGCACUAUGUUGAGAAAUACAUUGAAUUGACCACAGCAAAGCGCAAAAGGGCCAGUGGACCACCCACCCCUGCCAGCAAGCAGGCCACAUUGACUCACACCUUGGCCAUGACUCCUCAGAAGAGUGUUGAGAAGGCCAUUAUCAAAUAUGUUGUACAUGGGCUGCGGCCCUUCUCAGUAGUCGAGCAGGAGCCAUUCAGAGAAUUCAUCAAGGACCUUGUCCCUAAUGCCAAGAUGCUGUCACGGGUGACGCUCACAUCCAAGAUCGAAGAUGGCUUUAACGAAAUGAAGGCUGCGCUGAUUGAAGCAAUGAAAGGGGUCGACUACGUAGCUACCACUACUGAUUGCUGGUCAGUGAGAAGGCGAGGGUUCAUCGGCGUUACGGCACACUGGAUCGACCCAAAUAAUCUUGAGAGAUGUUCCGCAGCCUUGGCAUGCCGACAGCUGAGGGGAUCUCACACUUUUGAUCUCUUGGCCAAUGCGUUGAAUGACAUCCACGCAGAAUUUGAAAUCAGAGGCAAGAUUGUGAGGACAACCACUGACAAUGGUGCAAACUUUGUGAAGGCUUUUCGAGUGUUUGGGGAGGACGAAAACAACAAUGAAGAGGGAGUUGAAGCUGAAGCGGAGUCUGAAGAUGGAGAUACUGGAGUGCCUGAGGAAGAUGUGGAGUACAUUGACACUGCUGCAUGAAGAUGAUGGGUUUGAAUUCCAGCUGCCAAGACACCAACGCUGUGCGUGUCAUAUUCUAAACCUCAUUGCCAGUGAAGACUCCACAAAUGCAAACUCCAGUGAUGCGUACAAGAAGCUGCACCAUGCAACGUUUGCCAAGUGUUAUGGCCUGUGGAACAAAGGUGGAAGAUCCACACAUGCAGCAGAGAUGGUUGAGGAUGUCUGUUCUCUUCAACUUCUAAGACCAAAUAAAACGAGGUGGAACUCGUUGUUCAUGGCCGUGGAACGUCGACUCAGGAUUUGUAAAGAGAAGGGAGAGGGAGCCUUAAGAGCUAUUGCCACCGACCUGAAGGUCCCAAUGUUCAACCCAGCCGAACUCGCAUUUCUCACGGAGUAUGCUGUUGUUAUGAACCCUGUCGCCCAGGCAACUAACAUACUGCAAGCAGAAACCAACGCACAAAUGGGUUGGCUACUUCCGACAAUUCACCUGCUACAGAUUAAGCUUGACAAAGUCAAGUUGCAGCUGAAGUACUGCAGGCCUCUUGUUGAUUCUUUACAGUCUGGAAUUCAGAACCGAUUCGGGCACAUGUUCAAGGAUGCCGAGCUGGUUGCAGCUGCAAUUCUUCUUCCCAAAUUCCGAACAACAUGGACGAAGGACGAUGCCACCAUUAAAAUGGGAAUUGAUUACAUCAAGCAGCAUCUCGAGGAUCCCUCCAUGCAGCCUGGUGAUGCAACCAGGUCGAGUUCUUCGGAUGAAGAUGACUUCUUCUCGUCUCUGCAAGCAUCAAAGACCCAAGAUGGCACCAAACAAUUUGAUGCCUACCUGUCCUGCUCAGCUGACCACAUGGAUUUGCUCAGGUCCUUUCCUUCUGUCUGCAAGCUGUCUGUCAAGCUCAACACGCCCCUCCCAGCAUCUGCAGCAUGCGAACGGCUGUUCAGCAUAGCAGGUCUUGUGUUCAGCCCACGAAGAGUACGGCUAAAUUCUAGGCACUUUGAAAGCCAGCUGCUUUUGAAGAUGAACAGAAGGUUUUACAGUUUCAAGUGAUAAUGGGGUUUUGUGCAAGGAUGACCACAAGGGAGGUUGAGAUUUGGAGGGGAAGAAAAAAAGUCAAGGGCUAAAGUGUAGCGGGGAUGGGAUGAGGGGCUUGUGUUUGCAAAGUGUUUAAGAUUUAAUUAAUAGGCCUGAAG